AUGUCAGUGAAAUCAUCUAAUGCUAAAAAGUCAUCAAUGAGGCAGAUCUCCCCUAAGGGAACUGGCGCCAAUGAUGAUGAUCCAGAGCCAUUAAGUGUUGAUUUCAAUGAUGUGAUUGCUCAACCUGUAACGGCUGUUAAAAAAGAGCGCCGUGAAACAGUAGCAAACCCAUUAGCUGCAAGACCAGCUAAACCGCGACAACCAAGAAGUAGUACAACGAAAAUUAAAAAAGAUUCUGGAACUCUCGGAAAUGCUUUAGGAACAAACAAAAAUGCGAAAACUACUACAAUUAAAAAGACAGUUACUAUCAAAAGAAAGAAGAAAGCACCUAUUAAAAAGUCAACGGCAGGCGUUAAAAGUGGAAAUUUGCCCAGAAGACGAAGGAGGAGGCCCAUUGUACGGAGAAUUGUUAAGAAAGUUGUUAUACAUAAACAUAAAUCGAAGAAGCCAGCCGUUGAAGAAAAAGAACCAGAUCCAAUUAUCAUAAGGAAAAAGAAGCCAAUGAAAAGGCGUCCAAAGAAGAUAAUCAAGAAGGUUAUCGUUAAAAAGAAAAAGCAAGCUCAAAACAAUCCACAACCACAACCAGAACCUGAAACUAUUGUCCGCAGAGUUAGAAAGCACAGGCAUCAUCGCGAUACCUCUGCCGCACCACAAAACAUAAUUACUAUCGUCAAACGACGAAAGAAUCCAAUAACUGGCGAAAUCGAAGAAUACGAAGAGAAAUUAACCCUUGAAGAGCUUGAAAAGCAAAUGAAAGAAGCUGAAGAAAAGAAAGCUAAAGCUGCCUUAGAAAACAAGAGCAGUAACGCUGAAAAAGACUCAAAUGAUAAUCCAGAUGAGCCACAAGUCAAAAGAAUUCGAAAACAUCAUCACAAACCAGUUCAAUACGUUACAAUCGUUAAGAAACGCAUCAAUCCAGAGACAGGUUUGGAAGAAAAUGUUGAAGAACAAGUUGCCUUACCAGCUGACGACGCUCCUGCCACGACAGACAACCUAAGUGUCCGUAGUAGGUCCAGCCAUCGCAAAUUAGCCUCUCGUCCUCAAAGCGCCCGAAUGUCAACAGCAAAAUUAUCAGAUCUCGCAUCUCCUUCAUUACUAGCGAACUCCGCAAAUUCAAGUUCAUCGAGCGAUUACUCAGAUUCCGACUACAGCGAUGACGUCGCACCAAGUUAUAAUGCUCCGAAAUCGGCCGGGCCACGACGUAAGCCAAAGCGUGUUGUCCGCAAAUCCAAAGUCAUCAGGAAGCAGCACAAAUCCAGCGCCACCAACAAAGACGAACCUGAGCCAACGCCAGAAGUCAUCAGAGUCAGGAAACGGAAAGAGCCGAAGAAAGUUCUUCAACAAGUUGUCACUGUCAUCAAGAAGCACAUCGACAAAGACACGGGCAAAGAAGAGAUCGUUGAAGAGGAAGUUCCCAUUGAGCUUUCCGAGUCUUCAUCAUCAGACAACGACGAUCAGAUGUUCUUUGACGAGUUGAAGCAAAUGAACAAAAACAAACCACACAGAGCUACAACAGCCGGUGUUGUUCCACGUAAAUCUAGUGCUUCAUCACGUAGACAGUCAACAGCAGGCAUUCCUGCCAAGUUGAGGAGAGGAUCCACAUCAAAUAUUGCAGAUCUAAUGAACAACCACAAGAACGACUACAUUUUCUCUGAUUCAGAAGAUGAUUUGGCCGCUGAUUCACUUCUUAUUGCUCCAACAACUAAAGGCAGAAGGAGACACAGAACUCCUGUCGAGAAAGUCAUUGAAGAAGUUGUCAUGGAGAGUGAUAACGAAGGAAACAGAAGACCAGUCAAAAGGAAGAGGACAGUUAUCGAAGAAUAUUAUUCAGAUGUCGAUGAUUUCGAUGUCAAUAAGAUUGAUAUUUUCGAUCAUAGUGAUGAAGAUGAUGAAUUCGAUGUAAAGAAGAGGAAGAGAAAUAUUCCGAAAUUAUUGGCAAGAAUCGAUAGAUCUAAGAAAUCUCCUGAUGAUCUCAUUAUUGAUGAUCAAUUCGGUAUUUCUCCUGCAAUUCAAGCUCUUCUUUCUGGAGCUGAUAACACAAAGAUUCCUCAGACAGAUGACAGAAUUGUCUUAAAUGAUAAAGAUAUAAACGAAGUAGAAAUUCCAAAGCAGUACAGUGACCCUCAAACAGGAAUAAAUGGAGAUAAGAUGAUCGUUCAAUGCAGACCAGAUAUGAUACAGUCAAUGACUUUGGAAGCUAUUGGUGCGGCAAAUAGUUUGGGAAUUCCAUUUGAGAAAUACGUAGAAGACAUGAAAUGCGACCCUGCAUUGAAGUUCAAACUUUUGCAGUAUAAUAAGAUAAGACAGAAUGAACUUAGAAAGAUGGAAAGAAUUAAACCAAUCAAGAAACUUGUUAGAACUUUCGGUGUUCAAGCGGAAGCUUAA